AUGUCGGUCUCGGCAGCAAAGCAACAGUCUAUACCUUCAAUAUGGCAAUGCGCAAUUGCUAGUGCGCUCUUCAAAGCUUUGCUCUUCCCGGCUUAUAGGAGUACGGACUUUGAGGUUCAUCGCAAUUGGUUGGCUCUAACCCACAGUCUCCCUUUGUCGCAAUGGUACUAUGAACAAACCUCCGAAUGGACGUUGGACUAUCCUCCAUUCUUCGCAUACUUUGAAUAUGCUUUGGCGAAAGUCGCACGAUACUUCGACGUCAACAUGCUGAAAGUGAAUAACUUGGACUAUGCCAGCGACGCGACAGUAGCGUUUCAAAGGCUGUCUGCUGUCUUCACUGAGUUGUUCUUAGCCUACGCACUCCACGAAUUUGUACAGAGGUCGGACGUCAAGUCAAGGCGGCUAUCGCUCAUCUCGGCGCUUUCGAUUUUCCUCAGUCCAGCAUUCUUAAUCAUCGACCAUAUUCACUUUCAAUACAACGGGUUCCUCUUUGGCAUCUUUGUUUUGUCACUGACCCUGGCGAGGGACCCGCACACCCGUCUCCAUUCCGGAAUCCUGUUCGCCGUUCUCCUUUGCUUCAAACAUAUCUUCCUCUACAUCGCUCCAGCUUAUUUUGUGUUCCUGCUGAGAGCAUAUUGUCUGAAAGAAGACUUCUCAGGAAUUCGCUUUGGGAACUGCGUGAAGCUUGGCACAGCUUUGGUUGCAGUUUUCGGAGCGGCAUUCGGUCCAUUCGCCUUGAUGGGUCAAAUGCCGCAAGUGUUGUCGCGCUUGUUCCCGUUCUCAAGAGGUCUUUGUCACGCAUACUGGGCGCCGAAUGUCUGGGCGUUGUACUCGUUCCUUGAUCGCAUCGCAAUCAUAGUCGCUCCCAGACUGGGUCUUUCAGUGCGAACGGAAGCCCUGAAUAGCGUCACUCGAGGCUUAGUGGGCGACACGGCAUUCGCAGUUCUGCCGGACAUUGCGCCCAAAGCUACCUUCAUCCUGACUCUGCUCUUUCAAUUGACCGCUCUCGCUAAGCUAUUCUUGGCUCCCACUUGGAAGGUCUUCGUUGCUGUCACUACACUCUGCGGAUAUGCAUCCUUCCUCCUCGGCUGGCACGUUCAUGAGAAAGCGAUCCUUCUCGUGAUCAUACCUUUCAGUCUCGUUAUCCUGCAAGACCGCCGGCUCGUACGCAUUUUCCGGCCGCUGGCUGCAGCUGGUUAUGUUUCGUUAUUUCCACUCUUGUUCACAGCAGCAGAAACUCCUAUCAAAUAUGCGUACACCUUGCUGUGGAUCUGGAUAUUCUUCACGGCCUUCAGUCGAGCCUCAGUGCGUUCAUCCACCCGAACAUACUUCCUGGACCGUAUAAGUGACUUAUACAUCGCUGGUUUACUUCCAUUGUUGAUCUACACAGCUGUUAUUCAUAACAGUGGACUAUUUGGCUUAAACCAGUACGAGUUCUUGCCGCUCGUGUUCACAAGUGUGUAUUGCGCUUUGGGAGUUGUUGGCAGCUGGAUCGGACUGAACGUUGUGGUUUGGUCUUGGUAG